AUGAGGAAGAAGGCGGCAGCCGGCGGUGGAGGUGGAGGUGGAGGGAAGGGUGUGGUGGCGACGACGACGGCGCCGACCGACCUGCUUGUGUGCUUCCCGGCGCGGCAGCACCUGGCGCUGAUGCCCAAGCCGAUCUGCAGCCCGUCGAGGACCACCGUGGACAAGGCGGUGGCCGCGAGGCGGCGGCAGCUCCCGCCGGCGAGGUCUGGAGGAGGGCGUGGGCGUGGUAGCGGUAGCAGCCCGCUGUUCCGGGGCUCCAGGGCGAAGCAGGCCGUCGAGGUCGACGACGAGCCGCAGUCGCCCAAGGUGACGUGCGUUGGGCAGAUCAAGGUUGCUCGGCCCAAGAAGCAGAGGAAGGUGGCGGAGAAGGCAGGUAAGGGCGGCGGCGCCGGCGGAGGAGGGAGGAGCUGGAUCACCGUCGUGGAGGAGAUCGAGCGGCUGCACGAGCAGAGGAAGAAGGUGAGCUGGUUGGAGGCCGUCGGGAUAAGGAGGGACGCGCUGCCAUUCCUCGGCGGCGCGCUCCGGAGCCUCCGGCUGAAGGUGCGCUGCUUCGGGUCACUCCACGGCGCGGUGGAGUCCUCCUCCUCCGACGAGGACGACGACGACGGCGGCGGCGGGGAUGAGCACGAAGCAGAAUCCGUCGUCUGCGGCGGCAGCGCCGGCGCGAGCGUGUUCUCCAAGUGGCUCAUGGUGCUGGAAGGGAGCGAAGAGACACCGGAGCAAGACUCCGGCGACGAGGAGGAGCCCGACCAUGAAGACGACCACCAGGGCAAAGGGUCGGACGAUGACGACGAGUGCUCCAAUGCACCGCCGCCGAACGCGCUGCUGCUCAUGCGCUGCCGUUCGGCGCCGGCGAAAGGACUAGCAAGGAGACACGCAGAUGAGCCACCGCCGGCCGGCGAGGCGGCGGAUGGCAAGGGAAGCGCGGCAGCUGCACGGGACGACGGCGCAGACGACGACAGAGACGAGCUGGUGUUCAUGCGGACGGCGCCGGAUUUCCUGAAGCUGUCCAUCGACAUCGCCAAGGAGACGUGGAUCGUCGGCGGCGUGGACCCCCUCGGGCGGAGCCGGAGCUGGAAGAGGUGACCGGCUGACCGAUCGCCCGGCCGGCGAGCGGCGACGGAGGUGUCUGCGUCAGAGCGGUUCGUUAUACAGUUUGUAUUUACCCUUUUUGAGUUUUCGGUAUAAUCUUGUGACCCCAGUUGUUGUGACGUUUUCUCUAACUUGGUAAUUAUAAAUCCAAGAUAUAGAAAUGAGCUGAAUUUAUCAUGGAAUGGUCCUAGACAAUUCAGUGUCUAUUCAGUUAUGAGGAAAUCUCU